AUGACGCCCAAGUCACUGCACGAGAUGGCCACCGCCGUCGCGACCAAGAACAUCCGGUCCAUAGUCAGCGUCGGCUACAUGUCAUACCCCUCAGUCCGCCACAUCCUGGCCAAGAUCGAGGACGCGCGGCAGCUGCGCCAGAUCGAACUCAACUGCCCGCAGCUGCAGGGCGAGACCGCCGAGCUGUGGCUGCGCCUCAUCGAGCGCGACUUCCCACUCGAGCUGCGCGCCCACGCCUACAUGCCCAAGCACGCCGACCGCUGGUUCAAGGUGUGGGAGCGCUACAAGGCCGACCACGACCGCUCGCUGCACGCGUCGGAGGAGCAGCUGCGCGCCGCCCUCUCCGGCCUCCGCGAGGAUAAGGAAGGCAAGAAGAGCAGGAUCGUGGAGGGCCGCUUCCUGCCGUCGGACGCGACGAGGCCGAGGAGGCGUCCUCUGGGUCCCAAGGACGGGAGCACGAGCGUGCUGAGCUUCGGAGGCGGGAGUCGGACGAAGACGCUGACGGGCGCGGGGGUGAUGCGCAAGGCGCGACGCGAGGCGCGAGAGGUGCGCAAUAUCCAGGGCGCCCUGUCCCGGUCGGUCGUCGCGCCCAUCCGCCUCCUGGAGAAGCAGCACCUGACGACGAGAUCGCCGGCGGCGACGAUAUCACAGCCACCGCCCGGCAUGGUGCGCGAGCACCGCAUCGCCGCGCAGCCCGCGUAUCGCACACCAGAGGCUGAGGCGUCCGAGAAGCGCGCCGAGGAGCUGGCCAGGAAGCGCGCCGAGGCUGUGAUCGCGGAGCACGCCAAGCACGCUGCCUACAUCACCGACUCGGAGGAGGAAGAUGACUGGGACAACGGUGAUGAUGAUUACCACCGCCAGCCUGCAAAGCGGCCCUCCGCGGCCGCCUCGGCACCGAGCAAUACCGCCGCCGCCAAGCCGCCACCCCCCGCGCCAGGUCGCAAGGUCCCCGGCUCUGGUGGCAACAUGUUCCAGCGCAAGUUCGGCGCCGGCAAAGGCACCCUCAAAGCGCCGCCGCCUCCCCAGCCGCUGCGCCGCGUCACCACCACAACCACUGCCGCGGCAGCGUCGUCGUCGUCGCCGCCGCCCUCCGCGGGCAGAAAACGCACCGCCGGCGCGGCCAACCUCGACGAGCCCACCACCAGCCCGUCGUCCGCGUCCAAGCGUCCGGCCAUCAGCAGCAGUACUUCCCAGGUCCUGCCCAGGGAACCCAGCCCCCCCGCGGACUUUGCCAGGGGCCUGUCGCCUACCAAGCCCGAGGCCCCGAAGCUGCUCCCGCGCAAGAAGAAGCCCGUCAGCGUCUUCAUGAAGCGUCCCGUCAAGCGCACUUGA